UGAUGAUGACAAAGAAAUUUUAUCUGAUGAUAUAAUUGAUGAUAAUUCAGAUUGUAGGACUCCAGUGAAUCAAAUAAAAUCUGAUAAACUACUCAGAGCUGCUGCUGAAAGCCUUGCGAGUCCAGAUGAAUCAAAAAGUGGAUUUUCCAAUUCCAUACCACUUGAACAAUAUAUUAAACUUAUGUCAAUUAAACCAAAAAGAAUAGCUGAGAUUCCUGAAUGUUGGAAGCAAAUUUUAAAUGAUUACUUUUCAGAGACUAUUUCAAGUGGUGGGUCACCAAAAACAAUACAUGAGUGGGUCAAGGUAACUGAUGAGCUUAAUGCUGUCAAAGAUAGUGAUAGCAAUGAAGCUAUUAAGUUCAAAAAAUACCUCAAUUGUGUCAUGUCACCACUGAUUGAAUCCUUUCUAAAACCACUGCCAGAUAUUAGCUCACCAGAUACAUCUGAGCAUCAUUAUUGGGCUGAAUUUGCACAUCGCUUCUUUUCAAAGGCAUUACAAUACUUUGCAAAUUUAGAUUGGAGGAUCAUGGAGUUUGCAGAUAUUUUGGCAUGGACUUGGGAUACAAAAGAAGAGCUAUUUGUGGGUGAGCAAGCUGGUGCCCCAACAAAUCCUGAUCUUACAAAAUACACUACUGACUGGUUUAAAUUAUAUAGAGAAUUACAAGAUUGUUUAAAUUUGAGGAUAUUACAAGCAAUGAAACUAGGAGAUGUCAAUUAUAAUGACCUACUUGGUUACUUAUAUGAAAUGAAAAUGACAAUUAUGUGGAAAGAUGGUAUUUAUAUUUAUGAAGAAUUUAGUAGUUUUACAAUAGCAUCACACCCUGGCAUGAUCCACCAAAUGAAAGCUGGAAUCAUAAAACUUCUUGAAUUUAUGGAAGAGUCAUCCAAAAUUCAACAUUUCAGUUUUAAUGGUGAUGAGGUACAAAUUUUAAAAAGAAAAUUCCAAGAAAUAAUAACUCAAACACAAGAAUCACCACCUAAAAGACCAAAAUCAAAGUUGUGA